AUGGCGUCUCGGUAUGACCGGGCGAUCACCGUCUUCUCCCCAGACGGACACCUUUUCCAAGUGGAGUAUGCCCAGGAAGCAGUGAAGAAGGGAUCCACUGCGGUUGGAAUUAGAGGCACCAAUAUAGUUGUGCUUGGAGUAGAAAAAAAAUCUGUUGCUAAACUUCAAGAUGAAAGAACUGUGAGGAAAAUUUGUGCUCUUGAUGAUCACAUCUGCAUGGCUUUUGCAGUUUUGACUAUUUUUAUAGGAUUGACUGCUGAUGCUAGAGUAGUAAUAAACAGAGCCCGGGUGGAGUGCCAGAGCCAUAAGCUUACAGUUGAAGACCCAGUCACUGUAGAAUAUAUAACUCGCUUCAUAGCAACUUUAAAGCAGAAAUAUACCCAGAGCAAUGGACGAAGACCUUUCGGAAUCUCUGCCUUAAUUGUAGGUUUUGAUGAUGAUGGUAUCCCAAGAUUAUAUCAGACAGAUCCCUCUGGUACUUACCAUGCAUGGAAAGCAAAUGCAAUAGGCCGAAGUGCUAAAACUGUCCGAGAAUUUCUAGAAAAGAAUUACACAGAAGAUGCAAUAGCAAAUGACAACGAAGCUAUUAAAUUAGCAAUAAGAGCUUUGCUAGAAGUUGUCCAGUCUGGUGGAAAAAACAUUGAACUGGCUAUAAUAAGAAGAAAUCAACCUUUGAAGAUGUUUAGUGCUAAAGAAAUUGAGUUACAAGUAACUGAAAUAGAAAAGGAAAAGGAAGAAGCAGAGAAGAAAAAAUCAAAGAAGAAUGCCUAA